AAAUCAACCUCAAACGAGAGACACACGAUGCGGAACUUGCUUGUGUCAAUAUUUUUCGCGACAGCUAUUGUCAGUUGUUAUGCAAGCGAUUCAAAAGACAAAAAAGUCGUAAUUGUCGGGGCAGGAGCUGCUGGAAUUGCCGCUGCGAGAGAACUUUUCAAGAACGGAUACAAAAAUGUUCAAAUUUUAGAGGCACAGGAUUAUUAUGGAGGUCGAAUUCGGGAGAUUUUCGAUGAGGAUGGACAAAAAAUAGAAUUUGGAGCUAAAUGGGUUGAAGGUCGACAAGGAAACUCUGCUUAUAAAAUUCUACAAGAUGCAGGAGUUGCUCCUGAUCCAGACUCUGUCCCAAAUGAAAGUAAAUCGAAAUCAACUGCAGAGUCAGUUAAAGCUGAGGAUAAACUUUAUGUUCAAUCGAAUGGAGAUCCUUUUCCCGCUGAUGAUCUUAAACCCUUUUUCGAUGCGAUCGAUAAAAAUUACGAUGAGAUCAAGAGAUCGACUGAACUUUUAUCCGACUUCAUUCGAAAAAAGUUUGAACCUAUUUCAGAUGAUAAAAAAUUACUUGGAUUAGCGACAAGUUACGCUCAAAUAAUGGCAGAAACCGAUUCUCCUGCAAGUGAUUGGGAACAAACUAUCGGAAUAGGAUUUGGUCAACGCCAAUCCUUACCUGGAGGGCAAUAUACUCCUCCAAAUGGCGUGAAACAAGUUUGCGAUCUUAUGAUGUCAGAUCUUCCAAAUGACAUCCUGAAACUCAAAGCUGAAGUAACGAAAAUUAACUAUGACGCAACUAAACCAAUUGUAACUUAUUUGGAUCACACUACGAAUGAAACUCAUUCAAUUGAAACAGAUUUCGUAAUUGUCACAGUUUCAUUAGGAGUUCUAAAAGCUUCUCACGAAACUCUGUUCCAACCUCAAUUGCCCGAAAAAAUGACAAAAGCUAUCGAAUCAUUCAACUUUGGUCUCGAAAAUCAAAUUUACUUGAAAUUUAACGAACGUUGGUGGCCCUCAGACAAAGAACUUGUCAUCAUUUGGCGUCCCGAAGACAAAGCAGCACUUCAACUGAAUGAUCGUUGGUUGCCCAAAAUUGAAGUUUAUGCUCCCUACAACAAUGAUACUCUCAUGGUUUAUGUAAUGGAAAGCGAAAAGUAUCACACUGAUGAUUUAACAGAACAAGAACUGAUCGAGAAGAUCAUGCCGAUCAUUCGACGUGGUUUCCAACAUCAAGGUUGGAGCAUCACGAAUCCAACGAAAGUUUAUCACUCGAGAUGGUAUGCGAAUCCCUUCGUUCGAGGCGCUUUAUCUUAUCCAACAUUGAAAUCGCAUCAAAAUGGCUGCCAAAACUCAGAUUUGGCGCCAAUUUUGAAAAGUACAGAGGGUAAGGCAAAUGUAUUUUUCGCUGGAGAAGCAACAAGUCAAAAUUAUUACGGAUCUGUGCAUGGAGCGAUCGAUUCAGGUGUUGAAGCAGCGAAAAAUAUUAUGACAAGCGGUUCAAUUGAGACACGAGCACUAGCAGUUACCGUUCAGUCUUCGAAAAUGUUUCCGACAGUGCGAACGACUUUCAUCGCUUACCUUCUCGUGAUUAUCGGCAAUUUUGUGCCGCUUCAAGCAGAAAAUGACCAAAAAAUUGUCGUAAUUGGCGCAGGAGCAUCGGGACUUGCAGCUACUGCAAAGCUUCUUGAACAUGGAUAUCGCAACAUUGUCAUCUUGGAAGCGGAAGAUCGUAUCGGAGGACGAGUUUGGACCGUCAAUAAUGGCGAUAAAUUGGUCGAAAUGGGAGCUCAAUGGAUAAUGGGAGAAACAGGAAAUAUUUUAUACGAAAUGGCGAAAAAACAUUCACUUUUGAAGGAAAAAAUUGAAAAUUUUAACGAAACGUUCGUCAAAUCAAACGGAGAGUCGAUUCCUGAUGGAUUUUUUGAUGAUUAUUACGAGAUUUUUCAAACUCUUUUGAAUAAAAGUGAAAAUAAUGAGGCUUUACUGUCAAAUAUCUUCAAAAAUCAUGUAGAAGAAGGAAUUUCUAAUCAAUUGGAAGCUGAAGACAAACAUUUAGUCAUGCAAUAUUUCAAGAAUUUAGUUGAAUCCGUUACGCCUGCAGUAGAUUGGAAUCACGAAACUGGUUCGGGUAUCAGUUCGUUUGAAAGUUUGCCCGGCAGUACAGCAAUCAGCAUGAAAACCGGGUUGAAUGCACUCCUUUUCAUGAUUAUGAAUUCAUAUCCCAGCUUGGAAAUACCCGAAAACUGGAAAGAAAUGAUCCAUUUUAACGCAAAAGCAAAACACAUCAAUUGGAAUCAAGACAAACCUUUCGUUCAAUACUCCUUCACUGACGACACAAAAGCAACUCACAACAUCGAAGCCGAUUACAUCAUCGUCACAAUUCCAUUAGGCGUCCUCAAACACGAUCGCGAAGAGUUAUUUGUCCAUCCCCUACCUGAAAAGAAAAUCCAAGCUAUCGAAAACUUAUCAUUUGGCACUGUCAACAAAGUUUUCCUUACCUUCGAGGAACAAUGGUGGCCCAACGGGACUUUACUUUACACAUUAUUCACGGAACACGAUCUCCAAUCGCUCGAACCUUCCGACAAAUGGCUUUCCAACAUCGUCGGUUUCUUCCCCGAGGAACAUUACCCCGCGACACUUUCCGUUUGGUUCGCCGAAAAAGAUGAAGUUUCCACAGAAUCGCAUCUCGACACGGAAAUUUACACAAAACUGACGAAAUUCAUCAAAAAAGUCUUCGCGAAUCAAGGAUGGAGCAUCACGGACCCAAUUAAGACGCGACGUACGAAAUGGCAACAAGCCACAAAUUUCAGAGGAAGCUAUUCGUAUCGCGGCGUAAAUGCAUCGAAAGCGGGAGUAACGUUCGCUGACCUUCGAGAGCCCUUGAGAAAUCACGAGGGGAAGAUAACGGUACUUUUUGCGGGGGAAGCGACGCACGAUAAACAUUACUCGACGUUGCAUGGCGCUGUGGAAUCCGGAUUUGCUGCCGCUCAAGCGAUAAUGGAUGCGAAUAAAAGUGCUUGAUUGAUG